CCGGACCCACCUAACCGCGACCUGGACGCUUCCCUCUCCCCUGUUCUCCAUUUCCUCCUCCUCUCUGGUCCUCUCUUCCCCCUCUGGCCUCUCUCUCUCUCUCUCUCUCUCUCUCUCUCUCUCUCUCAUCUGAGGGAGCCAGCCCCCGAUAUUUCUGAGUCACACCUCUCACGAUUUGGACCACUUCUGUAGUUCGGUGCCCCUCUGUACCUCUGUUUCUUCAAUUUUCCAUGACUUUCUCUGGGAUAAUUUUCGCUCCCCUCAAGUGAAAGAAAGUUUCUGAGAGAAAAAAUCUGCAGGUUAUUCAAUGGUCGAAGGCUUUUAGGCUGUUCUGGGAGUGUAAUGGCUGCUUCAGGGGCUUACAGAAACGGCACUCAUAGUCACAGGGGCAGUGGGAAGGUCGAGAGGCCUCUCUCUCUCUAUUCGAACACCAAGGCUUCUUCUCUCAAGUCCAAGCCAUCGGUGGCUUCGCCUGCCGCUUCUGGGCUCCGCCGCAGCACCACUGGCUCUCUCGGCGGCUCCGCCGCAGCUCCCAAGGACGAUGCGGGAGUUCCUGGAAGAGUACGAGUAGCUGUAAGGUUACGGCCGCGAAAUGCAGAAGAGUUGGUUGCAGAUGCUGAUUUUGCUGAUUGUGUGGAAUUGCAGCCAGAGCUUAAAAGGCUAAAACUUCGAAAAAACAAUUGGGACUCAGACACCUAUGAGUUUGAUGAAGUGCUUACUGAAUUUGCAUCACAAAAGCGUGUUUAUGAAGUUGUGGCAAAGCCUGUUGUGGAGAGUGUUCUGGAUGGUUACAAUGGGACAGUUAUGGCUUAUGGACAAACUGGUACAGGGAAAACAUACACACUUGGACGACUUGGGGAUGAAGACACAGCUGCUCGUGGAAUAAUGGUGCGUGCGGUGGAAGAUAUUCUGUCAAAUAUUUCUGUGGAGACUGAUUUGGUCUCAGCCUCCUAUUUGCAGCUUUAUAUGGAAACUAUACAGGACCUACUUGAUCCCACUAAUGAUAACAUAUCUAUUGUGGAAGACCCAAAAACUGGAGAUGUUUCGUUACCUGGGGCGACCCUUGUAGAGAUCAGGGACCAGCACAGUUUUGUGGAUUUACUAAGAUUAGGGGAAGCUCAUCGCUUUUCUGCAAACACAAAGUUGAAUACUGAAUCUUCUCGUAGUCAUGCUAUUUUGAUGGUACAAGUUAAGAGGUCUGUCAAGGAAAGAGAUUUAUCUCUUUCAAGUGAAAAUGGUAACAACUCCCAUAUGGUCAAGACCUUUAAGCCUCCUAUCAUACGGAAAGGAAAACUGGUUGUGGUAGACCUUGCAGGUUCAGAGCGUAUUGAUAAGUCAGGGAGUGAAGGACAUACCCUUGAGGAAGCCAAGUCUAUUAAUCUCUCUUUGAGUGCAUUAGGAAAGUGCAUUAAUGCGCUUGCAGAGAAUAGUGCGCAUGUUCCAGUUCGCGACUCAAAGCUUACAAGAUUGCUUCGUGAUUCAUUUGGAGGCACAGCAAGAACUUCACUGGUUGUUACUAUUGGUCCGUCUCCACGUCAUCGAGGAGAGACAGCUAGUACCAUAAUGUUUGGACAAAGGGCUAUGAAGGUGGAGAAUAUGUUGAAAAUAAAGGAAGAAUUUGAUUAUAAAAGUCUUUCUAUAAGGCUUGAAAUACAAUUAGACAAACUCAUAGUGGAACAUGAAAGGCAGCAAAAGGCAUUUGAGGACGAGAUUGAAAAAAUUACCGCAGAAGCACAAAAUCAUAUCUCUGAGGCUGAAAGAAGCUAUGCAGAUGCAUUAGAGGAGGAGAGACUGAAAUAUCAAGAGGACUAUAUUGAAUCAAUAAGAAAGCUAGAGGAAAAAUGGGCAAUGAAUCAGCAAAAACAUGGCAACGAAAAUAGUACUGUGGGGAUAAAAGAUGAUGACCCCAAUAUGACAUCUGAUGCUAAGGCUUCUGUGGUUCGUGCUGUUGAGGAAGUUGCUGCGGUAAAAAAGUUGCUUCAGAGUGAAACUGCUUUGAGAAAGGCUGCUGAAGAGGAAGCCAAUAAUCUUAGAAACCAGCUAGCUCAAUGGAAGAGGUCAGAGGCAGAAGGAAAAUAUGAGAUCUUAACCCUUCGCAAGAUGCUGGAAGAUGAGGCACACCAGAAGGAGAAACGCGAAAAAGAAAUAGCAAUACUGCAAAGCCAGUUGUUGCAAUUAAGUUUUGAAGCUGAUGAGACAAGAAGAAGACUUGAUCAAGGUGGGCCUGGGAAAGUUCUUGGUGGUCUGGAUUUUCUCCCAUCUCAAGUUGGGCACCCACAGGUUAAAGAUUCAGGAAAUGGGGAGAAGGCCUCAAUAGCCACCCUAUUUGAACAAGUGGGAUUGCAUAAGAUCUUGUCACUGCUUGAAGCUGAAGAUGCUGAUGUUCGAAUUCAUGCUGUAAAAGUGGUGGCAAAUCUUGCUGCUGAAGAAACUAAUCAGGAGAAGAUCGUAGAAGCUGGUGGUCUUACAUCCUUGCUGAUGCUUCUUAGAAGCGCGGAGGAUGAGCACAUACAGAGAGUUGCAGCGGGUGCAAUUGCCAAUCUUGCAAUGAAUGAAACCAACCAAGAGCUUAUAAUGGCACAGGGGGGCAUUAAUUUGUUGUCAAUGACGGCAGCCAAUGCUGAGGAUUCUCAAACCCUUCGAAUGGUUGCAGGAGCCAUUGCUAAUCUCUGUGGGAACGAUAAGUUGCAGAUGAAGCUAAGAGGUGAAGGUGGUAUAAAGGCUUUGCUAGGAAUGGUCAGGUGUGGUCAUCCUGAUGUUCUAGCUCAAGUUGCUCGUGGAAUUGCUAACUUUGCAAAGUGCGAGUCUAGAGUAUCUACUCAAGGGACCAAAGCUGGAAGAUCUCUUCUUAUUGAUGAUGGCGCACUUCCAUGGAUUGUACAGAAUGCUAACAAUGAAGCCUCACCAAUCAGGCGCCAUAUUGAGCUUGCACUCUGCCACUUGGCACAGCAUGAAGUCAAUGCAAAAGAUAUGAUCAGUGGAGGUGCCCUGUGGGAGCUGGUUCGCAUCUCGCGAGACUGUUCACGGGAGGACAUAAGGACUCUUGCAUAUCGGACAUUGACUUCCAGCCCUACUUUCCUGGCUGAAUUGAGGCGGCUACGGAUUGAUUAUUGAUUUUUUGUGCAAGUAGACGUGGGCUAAAUAGAUCAACCAGCCCGGGUUAGUUUUAUUACCUAGAUGGAUCAAUUUUAUUAGGAUAAAAAACGAGCAUGAAUGCUGUGAGACGUGAGAUCCUCCCAAAGAGUUUGGGUGAAAAAGGGCCAGGUAGAGGUUUUGUAGUCUUCAUGUAAUUGCUUUCAUGAAAAACAAAUUUAUUUGUUAAUUAUUUUUGUUGCCGUGAAAUCUCAUUUUUUGAAUGGGAUUAGGUUCAGUUGAGUAGAACGAGUCCAGGAGUAGCAUCUUCUUGUUGUAUAUAUUGAUUGUAUAUGAAAUGAAAAGAAAACAUUAUUAUUA